CUUUCUUAUUCCUACGUACAUUUCGCUUCAACCCGAGGAAAGGAAAGUUCAUUCAUUCCAUUCCAUCGAACACCUUCAUCAUGAGCACAUCAUACAGAACGGUAUACGCUUUUGCAAGGGAAAUGCACCCCAAGACAGUGAAACACGAUAUCCAUUAUGGCACUGCGGGAUUUCGCACGAAGGCUUCAAAUCUCGGUUACAUAAUGUACAGAAUGGGUCUAUUGGCUGUCCUUAGAUCUCGUUACAAGCAAGGAGUUAUCGGAAUUAUGAUAACCGCUUCGCACAAUCCAGAAUGUGAUAACGGUGUGAAAUUAAUCGAUCCGCAUGGAGAAAUGAUGGAGCAAAGUUGGGAAGAAUUAGCCACAAGAGUAGCGAACGUUCAGGAUGACGAAUUGGAGGGAACAAUUAAGGAAAUUGUUCAACAGUAUAACAUUGACAUGUCAGUUAGGGUUAACAUUUUAAUAGGAAAAGAUACAAGGCCCAGCAGCCCGAGUUUAGCCAAAUCCGUCAUCGACGGCGUCUUGGCUCUGUCUGGUAAACCAAUUGACUUUGGUAUCGUAACCACACCGCAGAUGCAUUACUUUGUGAAGUGCAGAAAUACCCAGAAUGCAUAUGGAAUCGGUACAGAAGAAGGAUAUUACACUAAAUUAGUGAGCGCAUUUAAGAAACUGAGGGGUGAUAACUUUAAUAACAAGAAUUAUGUGAAUAAAGUUUUGUAUGAUGGUGCUAAUGGGGUUGGUGCAAAGAAAAUCAAAUAUUUUAUGAAGCGAUUGGGCGACUGCUUGGAGAUUGAGCUUUACAAUGACGCCGGUAUAGGGACUGGGAAAUUAAAUUAUUUGUGCGGUGCUGAUCAUGUUAAGUCGCAGCAGCUAUUCCCUACUGGUGUACCUAAUAUACCAAAUCAACGCUGUGUGUCGGUCGAUGGAGAUGCGGACAGGGUGGUUUAUUACUAUAAUGAUGAAAAUAAUAAAUUCCAUUUAUUAGAUGGUGACAGAAUAGCCACUUUGGUAGCUGAGUAUCUUAAGGAAUUGGUUUCGACCUGUGGUAUUGAUCUCAAUUUAGGAUUAAUUCAAACUGCCUACGCUAACGGUGCCUCUACGGAUUAUAUUACUAAGACUUUGAAAGUACCAGUUGCUUGUGUUUCCACCGGGGUUAAGCAUUUACACCACAAAGCACUAGAAUAUGAUAUUGGCGUCUAUUUUGAAGCGAACGGUCAUGGCACCGUGAUCUUCAGCAAAAAUGCAAAGGAUAAAUUAAACGAAGCGGCCAAAAAUAAUAAAUUAUCAGAGGAACAACAAGAAGCUGCUGCUAAACUGCUAGCUUUAAUUGAUGUAAUCAAUGAAACUGUAGGUGACGCCAUUUCGGAUAUGUUGUUGGUGGAAACUAUUCUCAAUGCAAAGGGUUGGAAUAUACAGCAAUGGGAACAGACGUACACAGAUUUACCGAAUAAACUUCUUAAAGUGACCGUUCAGGAUCGAAGUGUACUCACUACAAAGGACGCAGAAAGAGUGUGUGUCACACCAGAAGGCCUACAAGAGGAAAUCGACUCAUUAGUAGAAAAGUACAGUAAAGGAAGGUCAUUUGUAAGGCCGUCAGGUACUGAAGAUAUUGUGCGAAUUUAUGCUGAAGCUGAGACUCGUGAGGAAUGUGAGAAAUUAGCCGCUGAGGUGGCACAAAAAGUGUACGAUCUUGCAGGAGGAAUCGGUGCCCCGCCAAUUAUACCGCAAUAGUUUUACCAAUUUUUGUACUGAUCCCCUUUUGUAACUCUUUUUAACCUACUUAUUAUAAUUCUUAUACCUAUUUACAGAAUUAAUAUUUAUACAUAGAGGCUUAACGAAUUUUAUAAACAACCGACGCAUAAUGUACUGGCACAUUAUAGGACAUUCCAAAUUUGUUUGGCGCGAUUAUUUAAAAAAAAAACAUUCCGUUUUGGUAUGAAAAAUGUAGAUUUGCAAAUUUAAAACUUAUGUAAGUAUAGGUGCAAUAAGUGAGCAUUUGACUAUAACUUUGGUUAUGUUUUUGAAUUUUAUUAGAUUAAGAUCCUAUUGUACAUUUUUUAUCUUUUAAUAUAAUUGUUAUUAGAGAUUAGUGCGUAGA